UCCAAGCGAGAACCUGCAUAAUGAUUGUCACCGAACGUACGUGCAGACCAUAAUUUGCGAAUUUACUACGGUUGUUCUCAAUAAUGUAACCAGGAUAUCGGUAAUUGAGUAGACGGUACGCGUAAAACAAAAGCGGGAAUAAGAAAAAGAGGUCUUUGUCUGUCUGGUACACCCACUUGGAGACAAUGUGAGCACCAUUCUGGCGGUGAAAACUUGCGAAUUCCAUUCAUGCUGCGGACGACUUUGUAACCAAGAUGGCUUCCGUCCGUGCGUGUAACGUACUGAUGAUGCGGAGACGAAUGAAGACACACCGGCUGAAAUCAUGAUUUGGAGUAUGUUCCUGUAUUUUUUCGGCAAAAGAGGCGGUGUGAAGUGGAAAGAGAAGACAGUGGAUAUUUUAUGAACUAAUUUAUACAGUAAAGAAUGCCAUAGUAGAGAUUAGAUACCGUUCACCAAAAGGAAUCACCGGGCCGCAGGGUACCUCCCUAACUUAAAAAAAAAACAAUUUGAGAAAUGCAGAAGGGGAAUCGCCCACGGAACAUGGUCACCAACAACCGGCAAAUGCUUCUGGAGAUCAGGGAGUCGCUACAGCACCUGCACGUCAACCCGGAGGUAUCCAGCAAUGGCGGACAGGGGGAGGUGUUACGGCGGGACACUGGGGGGCGCAGACGAUUUGGAGAGCACCAGCAGAAAUUGCAGAAGAUUAGGAACGAUCUGGGACUGCCCAAUGGGGUUGGGGAACCCCUGUCGACCUCGGGCAUGGCUAGCCCUGCAGCGUCAGCGACAACGACCGCCAACAAGCAGAUGCUGCUGCAACUUGUCAGUAUGGGCUAUGAAGAGGAGGUCGCAACUAGAGCAUUAAAGAUGUGCCAGAAUCGGGGCAUUGAGGCUGCGGUGGACACCAUCAUCAACAGACUGUCCUCCCAAGACACUGGCAGCGACACGCUGGUUUCCAGUGCCAAGUUUAUGACGAACGGAGGUUCACGUGUUUCGUCAGCGUCAGCCCCUGCUCACCGGAAGACAAGUUUUGAGGAUCGAUCUGGUGGCAGUUCACCCAGCAUAGACACCUAUCGCACCGAUGCCACACCCUACUACAACCACCCCGCCCUCAAACCAGACACCACCCGCAUGAACUCCAACCCAGUCACCCGCAACAACUCCUUUGAGAAUCCCAAGAGCCUUCCGCAGCAGUACUCUGCCAGACAGUACACGACCAAUGUUGUGAUUGGGGAGAGGCAGACUCCCCCGCCCCUGGCGUCCCAGGGACUGUCCAAUCACGUCGGGGGUCACAUUGGUCAAGGCUCAGUCCCCUCCCCCAGCGGGGAGUACCGGCUAACCCCGACCAACCAACCCAUGUACACACCCGGUCGGCCCCAGCAGAUGACUCAUCGACUGGUUCCUGUAGGACCCACGAGGCACAUGCCGGGUAGUAUUGGGGUCACCCCCAGCUCCAGCACACAAGGGCAGCUCAGAGACUACAAUAUAGGAAGGUCUGUGGUUUUGCAAGGACCCGGAAGCAGACAAGGCAUCAGCACAGACAGGACUCAAACUGAUAUACGCACAUCGGUAGGCACAAGCCAAAGUAUAAACGCAGGCAUCGGGAGAAUAGGAACCCAAAUGGAACAGAAUCAAAUGUACUACUCACCUUCACAAGGAUCCAAUGGCAGUGUACAUCACAGAGGCAGCGUCAACACCAAUAGAUACUCCACAGGCAGUGACUCAGGCAUCUCAAGUGCCUCGCCGAGCUCUCUGAAUCCUGAUGAAUACCGCUUCACAAGGCAGACCAAAACAGAGAGUGCACAAUGUUACUAUGGGGUAACAUCAACAACGACGACAACUUAUACCGUUGGGAAGGAGUUCACUCUCGCUGAUCAGAACCCGGUCUACAACAUGCAGAGUAGUUCACCUCAGUACCGUGCAGCCAAGACCUACCUAACACAGUCCAGCCACUUGGAUAAGCAUCAACAGGGUUUGUAUUCACAAGGUAAGAUGUCGCAGCAGCAACCCAGCAGCAACAGCAGCCAACAGUAUGUCAGUCAGAAUCACAAGAGAUCCCCGAUUGAUCAGCUGACAGCCCAGCAUCUGCAGCAGCAGCAAGGCAUGUCUAGCGAGCAGUACCUCAGCUCGGCGCACAUUGUCAUCGUGCCUCCUGAUGCUCCCCAGUCUCAACUCCUAGAUCAGGACAUGAUCAAUGCCAUGAUCAACAAAACCCAGCCCCCUCCCAGUUACGAGAUGAGUACAUUACAUCGUCAGCAGCCCGGCAUUCAGAGCCAAGCGACACAAGCAGCCAACAGCAGCCAAGUCAAUCCAGCCACUGGGCUUGGUCAUGAUAACCUUGUUAGCAGCAAUCAUCAUAUAUUUAUGAAGGACUCUAAUAUCAUCAAGCCACCUCUGAAACAACCUCCUAGUUAUGAGGCCAGUACUCAUCACCGCAUCAUCAAUAGCCCAUCUAACACAGCAGGUGCGUCCAUCCAGCAACAAACCUACCACACAGAUCACAACAGCUUUAAACCAAUUACAUCUCAAAAUGUCAGUGUUGUGAGUAAACAGCAACAACAGCAGCCCCCGCCAUCAGAGACCCCUCAGCCCAAACCCGCCUUAACCAUCGUCAUCUCCAGAGUCGGUGAGGAAGGGGGUAAGUUACCCCCACCCUACAGACUGCCCCAAACUGGAGCUAUGCAGGCCCAGUAUGGCUCUGUCACAAUGCCGUCAGGUGCUCCCGUCAGGAAGAUCUCUCCCCCACAACCUGCAGCUGCUAACACCACCACUGCCUUACCUAUAAGUGCCUACACGGGACCUGUAAUGCAGUCAGUGCGAAGUACUGUUGUACCAAAGCCUGUUCUGCAAACUGCCCACGGUCCUGAUCAACCACCACCUCAAAGAGGACCCUCACCAGACACCAUCAGCACCUUAAGCACCCAAAGCACUCAGAGCUCUAACAGGUCCGAAUCCCCUCCCCCUAGACCUGUCUCUCCGCCACUGUCUGAAAUAUCAACGGCAUCCACAACCUCAGACACGGGUAGCGAAGUAAGAAAUACUGGUGCUCUGGAAGAACCACAGGAGAAACAAAAAAUUGAAUCGCCAGUCCCUGAGAGAAAGAACAAGGGGAGAGACAUUGACAAAUUUGAGUCACGCGUCAAGUCCUACUCACCUCAAGCGUAUAAAUUCUACAUGGAGCAGCAUGUUGAGAACAUCAUGAAGUCCUACAGACAACGACUUAAUCGCCGGAUGCAGCUUGAGAAUGAAAUGGCCCGAGUCAGCCUUUCGGAGGAGGCCCAGGAUCAAAUGAGGCUCAUGCUGAACCAGAAAGAGUCUAACUACAUCAGACUCAGGCGGGCCAAGAUGCAAAAGAGCCUCUUCAAGAGAAUCAAGCGUCUUGGCGUCGGGGCCUUCGGGGAGGUGAACCUGGCCCGGAAGAUUGACACGCGGCAGCUGUAUGCCAUCAAGACCUUGCGGAAGGCGGAGGUCUUACAGCGCAAUCAGGUAGCUCAUGUCAAAGCAGAGAGAGACAUCCUUGCAGAAGCUGACAACGAAUGGGUCGUCAAGCUCUACUACUCCUUCCAGGAUCAUGAGAGCUUGUACUUUGUUAUGGACUACAUCCCCGGAGGAGACCUUAUGAGCCUCCUGAUCCGAUUAGAGAUCUUUCAGGAAGACCUGGCCAAUUUCUACAUUGCAGAGCUUGUGCUGGCCGUUGAGAGCGUACACAAGAUGGGCUUCAUCCAUCGGGACAUCAAACCGGACAACGUGCUGAUUGACAAAGACGGCCACAUCAAACUGACCGACUUUGGACUCUGCACAGGGUUCAGGUGGACUCAUGACUCCAAGUACUACCAGAAACAGGGUCACAGUCGUCAGGACAGCAUGGAGCCCAGCGAGGAGUGGGGAGACCCCUGCCGCUGCAUUGACUCACCCAAGGACAGCAACAAGAAUGGGGAGUUCAAGGUCCAAGGCCAGCGGAUGAAGACGCUGGAGCGACGACGCAAGAGGCAACAAGAAAGAUGCAAGGCCCACUCGCUGGUUGGCACCCCCAACUACAUCGCCCCUGAGGUCCUCCUAAGAGUCGGCUACACACAGAAGUGUGACUGGUGGAGUGUAGGAGUCAUCUUGUAUGAGAUGCUGGUGGGUCAACCGCCGUUUCAUGCAGACAGUCCAGCAGAGACACAGUGGAAGGUGAUCAACUGGCCCACCACGCUUCACAUCCCCUCCCAAGCCAAGCUCUCCGGCGAGGCCACGGACCUGAUCCUCUGCCUCUGCCGGGACCAGGACACCCGCUACGGAGCCGACGAGAUCAAGCACCACCCGUUCUUUGAUGGGAUCGACUUCAGCACCAACCUGCGCAAGACCCGCGCCCCCUACCGGCCCACCAUCCGCUACGCCACGGACACGUCCAACUUUGACCCUGUUGACUCAGAUCGCCACCAGGGUUCUAACUCGAGCGGCGACAGCUGGGAUGAUUACCCGAGCUGCGGCAAGAGCAGACCCACCAGUAGCGGUCUGGAGAAUGGGAAGCAUCCCGAGCACGCCUUCUUCGAGUUCACCUUCCGGAGGUUCUUUGACGACGGCGGGUACCCGUACCCGGAACCCGUCGAGGACUUAAUGAACGGGAGCGGUGUGAAGGGUACCAACCAAGACGAUGCAUCCAAACGUGACAGUCAAAGUGAAGCCCAGGAGCCCGUCUAUGUAUGAGAAAUACACGCAGUAGUUUGGUUUUCUUUCCUUUCACUCAUUUCAGCAAGAGUUUUGGUUCUUGAGACCUGGCAUGUGAACAAACCCAUCAAAAUAUUGGUGUCCAUGCCUAGCCUUUAUAGAAAUAUACAUGAAAAAAA